AUGGACAUAGAAGAAUUUAUAAACUUUAUUGAGUUGGAAUUCAAAAUUGAUUUUACCUCAUUGCCACAGUGGAGGGAACUUAUUGAGAUAAUGAAUAUCGCUCAGACAGAUUAUAAAAUAAGAAAACGGAAUGCUGAAAAUCGUAAAUAUGAGAUCAUACAAAAAAUUUAUAUGCAGAAUUCCAGACUUACUCCAUUUGAACUUACUGACAAAUUAAUUAGAACUUCCAGAAAGUGGCAAGAUAUGAAACUUAAGCACAAAAGCAUUGAACCUAAAGUUUCUAACAUAAAAGAUGAUCUUUUAAUUAUGUCUUGUGAUGAUCAUAUAAGUAAUGUAUCAGAACCAGGAGAUCAAACGACUCUCGUUAAGUGUCCGUCACAUCCUAAUACAGAAGAAGCACAAAUAGAAGCGAUACAAGACACCGAACUAGAACUUAAUUGGCAUAUAUCACCAAAAAUUGGAUAUCCAAAAGCAAUUGUUCAUAUAAAAAAUACAGAUGACGCUUGUUAUUGCUUACAUAUCAGAAAAAGAUAUGUUAAUUUUGUCUCGGAAUCCGAUGAGAGUGAUAAAUCCAAUGAAGUAAAUAGUCUAGACUCGAAGAAUUUUUAUGAAAGAGAAGAGGGCAAAGAGUUAGAGCUCCAAAAUACCAUUUUGUCAACACCAAAUACAAGAAAAUCGAGUGCACAUUUUGAUAAAUUUAGUGAUGAUUUACAAAAAUUUGAUACUAUUGACAUUGUAGCUUUGGUUGUAAGCGAUAUAAUAGAUCUUGCUCUUGAACCAUUCAUUUUUAAACACACAUACCUGUGUAUUGAACCUCGAUCAAAAAAAUUCGUUAAAGUAUAUUUCACAAAAGUUCAUCAUAUAGGUUAUCAUCAAAGUUACUAUGAUUUCAUAUUUAUAGACUCCAAAGACAGUGAUAUGACACUUACUAAAACAACAAAAGUUUUUGCCGAGGUUUUGCCUCAUCCUGUUUCUAUAAAACCGAAAAUACUUGAUAUGACUAGAUCACCUGUAACAUUUGGAUAUUUGAAAGAUUCUUUUACAAUCACAAAUUCACACAAGAUUUUUCCAGUUACAAUUAAAAUAACAUCAACUUUAAAAAUGAAAAAGAUCUUUAAAAUCACUCCUAAGGAAAUGAUAGUUUGUCCACUAUCAAGCACAAUUUUUUAUGUUACAAUAUGUACCAAAAGAAAAAACGAACUGAUAACUGGGGAAUUAGCCUAUUUUACGAUAAAGAUUUCGAUUAAAGGACACGAAUCCAUUUACAAAAACGUUCCUCCUUUUUUCUAUGAAAUUAUAACACCGUGUUGUAUGGAAUUCAGAGAAGUGUAUGACACUGAAUAUUGCAGUGACGCGAGUGAUUUAUCAAGAUGCAAAAAUCUAGAAGAUACAAAAAAUUCGUAUUUUUUAUAA